AGGUAUAAUUCCUAAGCACGUGGGUUCAUUCCACUCUUGGCUGGGAUUUCAGCGAACGUUGAUCAAGUGAACCAUACAGUCGAAAGAAAAUGGCAGCCAUCUCGAUGUUAAAUCCGAAGGCCGAAUUGGCCCGUGCGACCCAGGCCUUGGGGAUGAACGUCACUGCAGCCAGGAGCAUCCAGGAGGUGAUGAAGUCUAACCUUGGGCCCAAAGGCACCAUGAAAAUGCUGGUUUCUGGUGCUGGAGACAUCAAGAUCACCAAGGAUGGAAAUGUUCUCCUUCAUGAGAUGCAAAUUCAGCAUCCAACAGCCUCACUGAUUGCACGUGCUUCAACUGCCCAAGAUGAUAUCAUUGGCGAUGGAACAACAUCAACAGUUCUUCUAAUUGGAGAGCUCCUGAAGAUGGGUGAAACUUAUCUGUCAGAAGGAGUGCAUCCAAGAAUAUUGGUCGAUGGUUUCUAUGCUGCACGUGAGAUGGCAUUGAAGGUACUCGAUGAAAUGAAGAUCACUGGGGAACCGAGCAAGGAGACUUUGAUCGCAGUGGCUCGCACUUCUCUCCGCACCAAAGUCGACCAUGCGCUUGCAGAUACUCUUGCUACGAUGUGUGUGGAUGCAGUGGAGUGUAUUCAUGAGAAAGGGAAGGAGUUGGACCUCCACAUGGUCGAGAUCAUGGAGAUGCCGCACCGAGUAGAGACGGAAACUCAGCUGGUGAAGGGGAUCGUGAUGGACCAUGGGGCACGACAUCCUGACAUGCCUAAGCGUGUCACCAAUGCAUUGAUCCUGACGUGUAAUGUCAGCCUCGAGUAUGAAAAGAGUGAAGUGAAUGCAGGAUUCUUCUACAAGUCGGCCGACGAGCGAGAGAAGCUUCUGGCAUCCGAACGUGAGUUCAUCGACGAGAGAGUGAGGAAGAUCAUUGCCUUGAAGAAGCAGGCUUGCCAGGGAACCCGAAAGGCCUUCGUCGUCAUCAACCAGAAAGGAAUCGAUCCCACGUCUUUGGAUAUGCUGGCCAGAGAGGGAAUCCUGGCUCUGCGUCGGGCCAAGCGCCGUAACAUGGAACGUCUCCCACUGGCUGUUGGGGGGGUUGCCGUCAACUCCGUGGAUGACCUCACGCCAGAAGUCUUGGGUCACGCUGGUCUUGUCUAUGAACAUGUUUUGAAAUCUCACCUAACACACGUGGGUAAUUUGAGUCAUACUGUUCGGCAGGGAGAAACCAAGUUCACGUUCGUGGAGGAAUGCGACAACCCACGUUCGGUGACGCUGUUGAUCCGUGGUGGGGCAAAGUAUGUGCUGACCCAAGUCAGGGAUGCCAUUCGAGAUGGACUCAGGGCGGUGAAAAAUGCCAUAGACGACAAGGGACUCAUCCCUGGUGCUGGAGCCUUCGAACUGCGAGCCCACAAGACCCUGAUGGCACGCAAGGGAGAGGUCGCAGGACGUGCCCGACUCGGAGUUGAAGCCUUUGCCAAAGCCCUUCUUGUCAUCCCCAAAGUUCUGGGGUUUGAUGCCCAGGAGACAUUGGUGAAGCUGGAGGAAGAACUGGACUCCAACAUGGAGUGCGUGGGGGUGGACCUUGAGAGUGGAGGAGCCCUCAUCCCUUCUCAGGUCGGCAUCUACGACAACUACUGCGUGAAGAAGCAUCAGAUCAAUUCUGCGUGA